AUGUCUUGUUUGGACUGUUCCUGUAUUCUACGGACACGAGUUGAAUCCAUUAGAGUAGAAAAGCAAUUGGAAAGCAUCAGUAGUCAAGACUUGACAGAUGAACUUGCUGUAUGUUGGGGACAAUCAACUCAAAGAAAUGAACAGAUACCAUUGUCCUCUGAUGUAUCACACUAUGAUCUCCAGGUGGAGAUAGGAAAAGGAUGCAACAACUUAACUUCAAUCUACCUCGCCCGUCAUAUCCCAACAGGAACACUAGUGGCUGUAAGAAUUACAGAUCUGGAAAGAUGUUCUGAAGAACUCUUAAAAGCUUUACAAAAUGAGGUGAUAUUAUCCCACUUUUUCCGACAUCCACAUAUCUUGACUUUUUGGGCAGUGUUUACUGCUGGAAGAUGGCUUUGGGUUAUUUCUCCUUUUAUGGCUUACAAUUCAGCCAGUUGUCUCUUGAGGACUUACUUCCCUGAAGGCAUGAGUGAAGCUUUGAUAGGAAAUAUCCUCUUUGGUGCAAUUAGUGGAUUGAACUAUAUGCAUCAACAUGGUUAUAUUCACAGAAGUAUUAAAGCUAGCCACAUAUUGAUUUCAGGGGAUGGCCUAGUUUAUUUGUCGGGCUUAAAUCACCUCUAUAGUUUAGUCAACAGUGGACAACAGUUAAAAGCUGUGUAUGACUUCCCCCAGUUCAGUACAUCUAUGCUUCCUUGGCUGAGUCCUGAACUACUAAGGCAGGAUACGCAUGGAUAUAAUGUGAAAUCUGAUAUCUAUAGUGUGGGCAUUACAGCUUGUGAACUAGCUAAUGGGCAUGUACCUUUUCAGGAAAUGCCUCGCACACAGAUGCUGCUGCAAAAACUUAAAGGUCCAUCUUACUGUCCUUGGGCUGUAAACACUUCUUCAUGUGGAGAAUCUAGGAUAAAAAAUUCUCAGUCGGGAAUUGAUUCUGGAAUUGGGGAAAGCAUGACACGCGCGAUGACAAGUGAGAGACUACAGACUCCAUCUAAAACUUUCUCUCCUGCUUUCCAUAAUUUGAUAGAAUUGUGUUUGCAUCAGGACCCAGAACAAAGGCCAUCAGCAAGAGGCCUUCUGUCACAUGCUUUUUUCAAGCAGGUGAAAGAAGAAACAAAGGGUUCAUUACUUUCACUCUUGCCUCCUACCAUCCAACAUAGUCAGUCACAAAUACCAAUGGUGCAUUCAGCUGCUAUCUGGAAUAAAUCUGAAUGUAGGUUGCCAAAUGAGAAAAAGAUAUACUGGGAAUUUUAGGAAUACUAAGACCACAUACAGGUGGUCCUUAAUUUAAAACCAUUCAUUCAAUGACCAUUCAAAAUUACAACAGAACUGAAAAAAAUGACUUAUGGUCCUUGCACUUACAAUUGUUGCAUCCGCCUCCUGGUCAUGUGAUUGCCAUUUGUGACCUUCCCAAUGAGCUUCUGACAAACAAAGUCACUGGGGGAAGCCAGAUAACUAUAGUUGUUCAUUUAACAACCAUAGCAAAAAAAAAAAGGUCAUUAAAUUGGGCAUUUGACUUAACAACUGCCUUGCUUAGCAGUGAAAAUUCUGGUCCUAAUUGUGGUCAAGGAUUCCUAUAUUCUUUGGAAGAUAAUGUGAUUUACCUGCUGCUUUUGUUCAAAUAAAGUUUUUGUUUUGGUAUACUUGAAAAUGCUAAAGGUUUAUACAGAUGAUAUUUUACAGAGGUUUUUUUUUCAAAGUGGUAUUAUGAGAAUCUACUAACUGAAUUGCAGAAAUAGCUAUACAAUUCUUUAUACUUUUUUAUAUCUGAACUGUAAUAGUAAAACUUUGCUUGCAGUGGCAUAUGCUAUUACAGUACUUACAUGCUAUUACUACCUUUCCAAUAUUACUCUGAAAUAUUGUUUCCAUUCUCUAUUUAAUACAUUGUGUUAAUCAUCUCUUUAUCAUCAAGUUUAUAUCAACUAUAUAGCUUCUUUAAAAUAUAGUGUCUUUUCCUACUUGCAAAAGUAUCAAUGUGGAAAUCUCUGAGACUGCUAGAUAUCUACUACAUAAUUUUCGGUGGUUGUUGAAGUAGCCAACACUGUAACUUGAAAAAAAAAGCUGUUUUUAACAGAACAUAUAUUUUUGAGAAAUCAAAUUAAGGAAAAAAUAAUUUGCCAAAUAAAAGCUUGAAAUUACUUGACUAUAUACUUAAGAAUAUUGCUUAAUUUUCAUAGUUUUAAUUGUGGUCUGCUGUUUAGGAAAUAUAUUCAUCCUUUGAAUAAGUAGCCAAAAUUUGAACCAAAAUUUGUAGGACUAAUAUAAAAGAGAUCUCUAUUAUUUAGGCAAAGUGACUAUUAGCACACUAUGACAAACUAUAUUGUGGAAGGCUUUGAGUUGUGUUCAGUGGUGUCAUUCCACUGAAAUACAAGCAUCUAUCAAUGGAUUGUGAUUCAUAGCCCAUUUCCUUUCCAGUUCUUAGUUGCAGGGUCAGUGAAAGAAAGAGAGGCCUGGUUAAUAUUACUUAUAGCUGUGAUGGCGAACCUAUGGCACAUGUGCCAGAGGUGGCACACAGAGCCCUCUCUGCAGGAAUGCAAUCUGUCUCCUCAGCUCAGCUCCGCUACGCAUGUAUGUGUGCCUCCCACCGGUCAGCUGGUCUUUGGGUCUCUGCUGUCCGUGCGGGGGUAGUGGAGUGCAAGUGGCACGGGGCGCAUGUGUGGUGGGCACGGGGGUAGGGUGCAUGUGUGGGGAAUGCGUGCACAUUCGUGGGGUGGGGAGCGUGCAUGGGAGACGCACGUGCAUUGCACUUUGGGGGUUUGUGCAUGUUUUGGGCACUCAGUACUGAAAAGCUUAGCCGUCACUGACUUAGCCGUUACUGGCUCAGACAUUUGGUGGGGGAAAGGUAACUUCUAAUUCAUCAUUUUGUCUUCGUAGCUUUUCUUUUCUAGAGAAGUUCAGUCCUAAUUACAAUAUAAAGGAAUGGGG